AUGCCCCAUUCCCCCCUGGGUCCCCCUCCAAGAGCCCAUCACUCCCCCGACUCUUCAUAUCCACCGACUACUACCUCUCGCCAAUACCACCACCAACAUCAUCGCCGCGGCGACUCAGCAGACUCGGAAGGCGGCGGCGGCGGUGGAGGGUAUGUGGAUCGUAAAUUGUAUCGAUAUCCUCACGGCGGUGGCAACAGCGAUCAGCCUCUGGUUCGUGAACAGGAGGCCUACCCGGCUGACCCCAGCCGCUAUAUGGGCAUGAGCUCCAACUCGGGUAAACCCCAAAACUAUGACGAUGUCUCGCGAGAUCAUUCCCGACAGUCCACCGCCUACCCCCCUCCUCACGACAGCCUCCCUCAACUCGCCCCCCGACCCCGAUAUUCACCUGAAGAUGAGAUCUCUUCUUCCAGCGCUCAGCAGCAUCAUUACAGUCAGACUCAUGCUUCCCAUUCAUAUCACCCUCAACAAACCUAUCAUCAUCAUCAUCAACAACCACAGCACCAGCAGCAGCAUCAUCAUCAGCCACCACAGCAAUCUUCGAUCAAGAAGGAGCAGUCGAACCAGCCAGCAGGCCCUUUCCGGAUCCAGUCUGCACGCGGCACGCCCAAGGGUCCCCUCCCGAUCGAUGUGCAGAUCAGCCUCUUGACAAGCGUCCUGCAGCACGACCCCUUCAACUGUGCGAUCCGCAAAACUACACAGGCGUGGGAGUCGAUCUCCAGGGAGCAGGGGAUCCGAGCCCGGACAUGCUCCCGUCGGUUCGACAAUAUCAUUCAAGCCAGCAUUGCAGGACGCGAUCGGCCCAUCGGUACCGAGGAGCAGCAGGCAACUAAGAAGCGGCUUUUGGAGCAGCUCUUUGAGAUGAUGAAUCAGCCCCAGGCUCUCAAGCGGAUGCAGAAGAAGCGUCGGUAUCGGUCGGAGGACACGGAUCGACAGCUGCUCUUGGAGACUAUCCGGCUUAACCCCUUUGCGCAGAAAGUUGGACAGGUGGCCAAGGCUUGGGAGGAUGUCCGAGAUGCACUCAAGAUGAAGGUCCAUGCUCGGCAGUGCAUUCGUCGUGUCAACAGGAUGGUCAAGCCCUACCAGCUCCGAGAGCGCAUGUAUAAGGGCAACAUUCCAGAAGAGAUGCGUGAAGCCAAUGAUGAUCUGGUCAAGCAGAUCAUCACUCUGAUGCGUCAGGCUGGACAGGGUGGCACGUUGGACGAUGGCUGCAACUCAAAUGAUGAGGAUAGUGCGUCGUUCAUGUCGGACUCUGAGGACCAGGAGGAGUAUAUGGAUGGUCAGCGGGAAAAUGCUCAGGAGGAAGAUGAUGAGGAGGACGAGGAUAUGUUGUCGCGCAGUGAGUCUGAGCAGCGUUCCUCGGGUCAAAAGAAGCAGGAUGAAAACAGCGCGCCGCGUUCGCCUGUUGGCCCCGCCAACCAUACACCCUCGACUCAGCCCACCACUCCGUCUCUCUCAGCCCCGAAUUCCUCGGGAACGGCUUCUUCGACGCCCGCUACCCCUGCCAAGAGAGGCCGUCCUCGCAACCCUGUACCAGCCACUACUACUACCGCCCCAGCCGCUCAGAUCAAGCGUCACUCUAGUCAUAGCUCCAAUGAUAGGGUCAGGAACGCUGGCUCUGCCGAUGUGAACAUGGUCGAGCCCGCCCAGCAACAGCAGCAGGACUCGAACAUUCUUCACCAUCGACCCAGCUGGGAAGGAGAGCAAGGCGAUUCAAAGUUGGCUCGCCCUGUCAACAACAGCGCAGAUCAAUCAACCCCCCUCUCGUCUCCCUUGCCUGUCCACUCGCCAGCCGCCCAACAUCCUCCUACCUUGCACAUCCCUGGCCAUGCCAACCAUUACUCGCACGGCGAGUUUGCAGGCAGUGUCGGCGUUGCCACCGAUUACAAGCGUCCGAUGAAGCAUGCCCGGACAAGCAGCCGAGGCGGAUACGAGAUUCCGCUGGAGAGAGGCAGUGGUUCCAACAGCAACCGGUUUGCACCCUUCCCUCCUUCUGCUCACCAUCCUGGACGUGGUGGACCAGCCUUAGACUCGCAUGGCCGUCCCAUCAUCCCCUCCGGCCCGCAAGAGACGUCCGUGGAUCAUCCUCAUGCUAUGCGUGGCGGUGAGCUCACCGUAGCAGGAGUCGAAUUGCAGCCUGGAUCCUCCCCCUCAGUGAAGCAUUACCGCGAGAUCCUGAACGAGAUGCAAAUCAUGCGGGAGUAUCUGGGGCAGAUGGACGAACAACGCAGGGCCGACUUGGAUAAGCAAACCUCUAUGCUUCACCUUGUCGACAAGAUGCAGCACCAGCUAUCCCAGCAGCAACAUCAGCUCUCGCAACUUCAACAACAGCUCCGGUAUGGUCCAUCUUCGUCGCAUCAACCUCAGCAGGAGCACUCGCCUCAUCACCGGGCCCAGUCGUCGGCUCCUGGUCAUCCUCAAGCUGCUGGAGGUCCACCGCCACCACCACCACCUCAUUCGGGCGGUGGUCGGUAUUCGCAUCCUGACGAACAGCAGCAUCUUGCACACCACCAUCACCACCAGCAGCAGCAUGGCUACCACAGAGGUGGCCCAGUCGAGGGCCGCCCUGGAUCGGAAAUGUCGCAUCAUUCUACUUACUCAUCGCGCCAUGACGGCCAUUUCCCUGCCCAUGACCGUGAGCUGCGUUAA